AUGGUAGCCCCCUCUGUGCCCCCCGAACAGCUGAAUCAGUGCCCUGAGUGUGGGCAGAGUUUCUUCCCUGGCUCAGAGCUAGUGAAGCACCACUGCCCUGACCCUGGCACCCAGCCCUUCAUUUGUGGUGACUGCGGCAAGAGCUUCAGAUCCAUCCCCACCCUCAGCAGCCACCGCUGCGUCCACACCAGUGCCAAACCUUACAGCUGUGAUGCCUGCAGCAGGAGCUUCAGCAACAGGAGCUUCCUCAUUGGCCACCGGUGCAGCCACACUGGCAAGAAGCCCUUCCCCUGCCCUGACUGCGGCAAGAGCUUCAGCCACGGCUCCACCCUCUCCCGGCACCGCCAUAGCCAUGCCGGUGAGCAGGCCCUCACCUGCCCCGACUGCGGCAAGAGCUUUAGCCGCAGCGACACUCUAAACAACCACCGCCGCGUCCACACCGGAGAGAAGCUGUUCCCCUGCGCCGAGUGUGGCAAGAGCUUCACCCUGAGCACCACAUUCAUCCAGCAUCAACUCAUCCACAGCCGGGAGAAACCCUACAGCUGUGCCGUCUGCGGAAAGAGCUUCCGGCAGAGCUCCAACCUCACUAAGCACCACCGCACCCACACCGGGAAGCAGCCUUUUGCAUGCCCCGAUUGCGGCAAGAGCUUCAGAAACAAGUCUAAUCUCAGCCGGCACCGCCGCACCCACACGGGAGAGUAGCCCACACUGCGGGGGAGGCACAACCCCCAAGGUCUGCUGGGAUAAUUGUGAGCCCCUUGAGAGAGCCUUUCCAGCAGAUUGAACCAAAAUUGCCUCUUUUUCUCCUGCAUUUCUCAGGGGCUGGGGGCUCCACGAAGGACAAAUACCUCCUGCCCUUCUGAACACCAAUUAGUGCUGAUGAGAAUAAUUAUAGCCCUGAGUCAGCACAGCCAGA